UUCAGAUACAGUCUUGCGUCGGCACGGCCAGCGGCCGACCGUCUUGUGUGCUGCGUGCUGAGGCGACUCCGACCUAUCUUAAACUUUACGUAUACAUCGAUAUUAUGCAUGUUAUAAUAUGUUGUAAACAUUUUUGCUGUUAAUAAAUUUUAGUAAUAUCAGUUUUAAUCGUGAUUAACAGAACUAGUUUAUUUUUUAUAAUUACGUGUCUUUUAUUUUGUGAAAAUAACGUUAUCAAGUGCACGCCAGUGGUAGAUCCUGUUGCACCUUUGACAUUGGUAGCACAAGAUGGUACUUGGAAUGUUAAAACAAUUAGUUCGGGUUACGCAGUUUUUAAAAUAUGAAGACUUACCAUAAAGUUGUGUAGUCAUUUUAAUCAUAAACCACUAGAAGUUUGAUUUUCGAAUAGAAACGAAAAAUAUUAUAAAAUGAACUUUAAAAUAAUAUCGCUCCUACUAACAUGGAAUUUUCUAUUAAUCACCGCAAAAAGGGAUUCUCUAGAAGACGAAGAUUCACGAGCCAGAGAAUUAAGAAAUAAAGAAAAUAAUCGUAACCGGACAACUUUUAAUGGAACUCUGACAGAUGUUCCCGAACGAAGAUACUUAAGGCACAGAAACAGUUCGAGGUAUCGUGGCGAUAGACGAAGAUUUUGGGAACGCGAGCAUGAAAUCAGACGCGACAGAAGAAGAGGCUCAGAUGCUCACUCUUCUGAGGAACUCGUGACAAAUCGAACUGAACCCUACAAUAGACGAGAUGAGAAACCUCGUAAAUCAGAAAAACAUUGGAAUAAAAGUAAUUCAGAUAAAGCAAAUGAUAGAAAAAAAACUGGUAAUCAAAGUAAAUCACCUGAUCGGCAAUCUCCAGUGAGAGAGAACACAACGAGAUUCAAACCAAAGUUGGCUAACAAAUGGCAGAGUGGUGGGUUUAUACCAUACCCACAGCCGAGAGAAAAGAAGCCUAACAUAAUAUUAAUCCUGACUGAUGAUCAGGACGUUGAACUCGGCAGUCUCAACUUUAUGCCCCGGACCAUGAAGGCAAUUAGAAGUGCAGGGGCCGAGUUUCGCCAUGCAUAUACGACAACUCCAAUGUGUUGCCCGUCAAGGAGUUCCUUGCUCACUGGUGUCUACGUUCACAACCACAACGUGUACACCAACAAUGACAACUGUUCGUCACCGAUGUGGCAGGCCAAGCACGAAACCAACACCUUUGCCACAUACCUUUCCAACGCUGGUUAUCGAACUGGUUAUUUUGGAAAGUACUUGAAUAAGUACAACGGAUCCUACAUACCCCCGGGCUGGCGCGAGUGGGGAGGACUUAUAAUGAACUCAAAGUACUACAACUACAGUAUAAACAUGAACGGGAAGAAGAUCAAGCACGGCGACGAUUAUAAUAAGGAUUAUUAUCCAGACUUAAUAGCGAACGACUCUAUAGCAUUUCUUCGUGCCUCGAAGCGGAGAUUUUCCCGGAAGCCUGUUCUCCUGGUGAUGUCUUUUCCAGCUCCACACGGACCUGAAGACUCAGCUCCCCAGUUCUCACAUCUCUUCUUUAAUGUAACAACACAUCACACUCCAACAUAUGACAUGGCUCCAAACCCCGACAAGCAAUGGAUAUUGCGAGUAACGGAGAAAAUGAAGCCAAUUCAUAGACAGUUCACAGAUCUACUAAUGACCAAGAGAUUACAGACAUUACAGAGCGUGGAUAUGGCAGUCGAGCGAGUUUAUCAGGAGCUCAAAGCGCUCGGGGAGUUAGAUAACACUUACCUAGUCUACACAUCGGAUCACGGUUAUCAUCUGGGCCAGUUCGGACUGGUUAAAGGAAAAAGCUUUCCUUUCGAGUUUGAUAUUCGUGUACCGUUUCUUGUUCGUGGGCCUGGUGUCGAACCGGGUACAGUGGUAGACGAUAUCGUUCUUAACAUUGACCUGGCACCAACGUUUCUGGAUAUGGGUGGAGUAGAGCCGCCAGCUCACAUGGAUGGCAGAUCUUUACUGCCGUUACUACAACCCCGGCGAAGACGAGCUGCUGCUGCUCACUGGCCUGACACAUUCCUUGUUGAGAGUUCUGGACGACGUGAAACGCAAGCCCAUUUGAUGGAGGAAAGAUUGCGUGCGCAGAAAUAUAGUCGGGAAAUGAACGAGAAAUCAACUACUGCACAACCACAAGAUACGUCUUCAGAAAGUGGAGAUUUCGAAAGUGAUUCAGAGGAUGAUUUCUUGGAGCUUGACGAUGACGACGAUACUGAUGACAACGAAAGUGCAGAAGCAAGCGAUACUUCAAAUAAAUCUUCGGAACAAUUUAUAUCCAAUGAGAGUCACAAUCCAAUCCUAGAAGCAAGUUUAGAAAAGGUUUUGGAUGCUGAAGAGGCAGGCACUAAUAGUCAAUUUAAUUACUUAAACGCAGAAAUCGAAACUAGUAUUAUAAAUGGAAAAGCAGCACGCUUAGCAGCUGAAUGCUCUAAAGCUGAAUUGCGUGCCCCUUGCUCCAUUGGACGGAAGUGGAAAUGUGUACUGGUUAAUGGACGAUGGCGUAAACACAAAUGCAAAUAUGAGCCAGACAUCAAUUCUCCACAACCAAAGAUGAGUACGAAAAAAUGUGCUUGUUUUACUCCAAGUGGACUUGUUUAUACAAGAUUAGAGACUGAUGGUACAAUUGCUAGAAGACCAGUUGAGUUACAGAAGGAUAAUAAUACAAGAAGUAAGAGAUCAAUAAGCAAUGAUGUAUUUGAACCUAAUACUGUAGAUAGUAUUCUCGAGGAAAAUCCAAGCAUUGGACAUUUGAGUUUCAAAAACGAACCUGUUGAUGAAUCAGAAAAAAGAAAUAUAGUAAACAACAUUGACAAACUUAUAAAAGAAACUGAGGCAUUUCUUAAGGCUUACGAACGUACCAAAGAUAAUAUAGAUCAUAAGAGAAGCAAAAGAAGAGCUCAACAUUGGAAUCAUAAUAAACAUAAACAAAGAGACGAUCCAAUGUUAAACAAUAAUGAAUCAUCAUUAGAAUGUAAGAUAGAAAAGGAUGGAACAGUUAAUUGUUCACAAGUUAUUUAUAAUGACUUGAAGGCAUGGCAUACAAAUAGAUUAAGCUUAGAAGACCAAAUAAGACAACUUAGAACAAAAUUAGAAGACUUAAAAGAAAUAAAGAGGCAUUUAAAAAUUAGUAAACCUGCAGUCGAAGUACAAACCAUAACACCUACAUAUCUUAGCAAUCAAUUACUUAAUAAAACUGUAAGUCAUGAGAAUAACACUAAGGACACUUUUAGAAAAAAUCGUUUACAUAGAUUAAAAACCAAACACAGAAACGCGACCUUGUUUGAUAAAAAGUUUAGGCAAUCAAACGAAUACAUAAUACCAACAGUAAAUGCUAACACCAGGGACGAUAUUUUUGAUACGCAGCUGAAAAAUGAAACCUCCACAGAGACGGUGAUGAAAAUCCUAAACAUUACUGUUCACGAUCAUGGCGAAAAUCUUACAAAUCUGACUCAUCAUGUGGAUGAAAUACCCAUGCUCUCAUCUACCACAAUUGUAACCGAAGGAAAUUCCUUUCAAGAAAAUUUAAUUGAGGAAAAAAGCACGCAGCAGAGCAUUACCACAGAAUUUGAGGAUAUCACUGCAACUGAAAUAACAAAACAAAAGGAUAUCAAUAGCACCAAUGAAAAUCCAACGCAAGUAACAAGCGAUUGGAAAACAACACCUAUUGAUUUUUUCUCAACAUUACAUUAUUAUAGUUCAGCAGUGGAUAAAGUUAUUUCUACUCAUAAGUCAAGCACAAUCUUACCAAUAACAACAGCCAGUCAUCACACUACAACAAGUAAACCCUCAACGAGACCAAGAACCACAAUUGGUACAUUAGGACCCACCAGAUUUGACGCAUCCGAGUAUGAACAACGAAAUCCAAACAAAGGAAGUUCUAACAACAAUGGUAUAUUUGGAAAACCUCCAGACGUGUUUCAAAAGAGGCUCCAUCCUUUAUUUAUUGAAAAUGAAGAUCAACACGUGUGUUACUGUGAGGAAAAUCGCAAAAUAAAGCCAAUAGGCCAAUCGUAUUUGGAAGCAGCACAGAAAGCUAGAGAAGAACGUAGGAAACUAAAGGAACAGAGACUACGAAAAAAGUUGAGAAAAGCAAAAAAGAAGGCGGAAUUGGAAAGGCUAUGUGAAUCAGAACGCAUGAAUUGUUUCCGACAUGACAAUGACCAUUGGCGUACCGCACCGCUAUGGACCGCUGGUCCAUUUUGUUUCUGCAUGAGCUCUUCCAACAAUACGUAUAACUGCGUUAGAACAAUCAAUGCUACCCACAACUUACUCUACUGUGAAUUUGUCACUGGAUUAAUUACUUAUUACAAUUUACGUAUUGAUCCAUUCGAAACACAAAAUCGGGUGAAAUAUUUGACGGCAUCAGAAAAGGAAUAUUUCCAUAAUCAAUUGCACCAACUGUUGAAUUGUCGCGGACCGUCAUGCAGGAGAUACUCUCAUUCAAACUUAUCUGGUAGCAAUGAGGAUAUAAGCAGACGAUAUGAAGACGAUCUUAUGUACGUAGGCGAACCACUUGGCUACAAUGGAAGAUCAUGGCGAUGGAACGGAUACGGUCGACGAUAUGCCAGAGCACGGGAGAUACAUCGGCGCCGACAUACGAUGGCGUUCUAGUCGAUUUAAUUUAUUGGAAAUAUUUAUAUGGAAUUGUCAUAGUUUCUUGGCAUUAUUGAACCAAGUAAAAAAAAUACAAAGAUAAACCUUAAAGCACAAAAUGCAGCGAAAAGGUUGAAUGAGGUAUAGCAAUCGUAUAAACAGUGUAUUGUUAGUAAAACGACAUCGAAUCUUGUAGGGCUUCCUAUUAUAAUCAAACAUUAUCAGUGUAUAUUUACAUUACUUAUUAAAAAUACAUUUAUCUCAGGAUAGUGCUUGUAGUGAUAAUCUUUGCUACUGUGCCUGUAUCCCUCUUUUAUUUAAAAAAAUGUAUUACAGAAAUUAAGUACCUACGCAAUUAUUGUCAAAGUAUUUUAAUAGCAAAAUGGCAAGUAUUUACAGUCUUCCCUGAUUUUCAUGAGAUCGCUACAUUAGUACUCUUAUACUUAUUAGACUCUUAGAUUAUUAUUGCAAGUUAUUGCAUUACUACCAUAAAGUAUUAUAUUUCAUAUUAGUCCUUAGCAAGUUUAUAUAUUAAAACUUUGUAAGAUCAAUAUGUAAUAAUAAGUAUUGCUCUAAACUGACUGUAAAAUUUUAUUGUUUCUUAAACAUCCAGCGAAAAACAGAGGAUUUGGUUGGGAAUAACGGAUGUGUUAGGGAAGUAUGUUUGUAGUGUUUUAUCUAUUAGAAGUAAAAAGUGAUAUGAUGUUGUUGCCAUGUGACAAAUAAGGAUGUUAUCAUAGACAUGUAAUAUUAGUUGUCAAAUGUCUAAUAGUUUUUCUUAAAAGAGUUUGGCAUUUAUCUUUGGAAUGUCUUGUGUAUCGAUUUAUUAAUAAAACUAAAAUAACUUU